GUUAAAUCCACGGAAGAAGAACAGAAGCCUGAGAGAACAACAACAUGUUUAUGGAAGGAGAGACGACGGCAUGCUAGACACGUUUUCAAAAAACCUACAUCGAGGGAACGUGUAUUAUUAUUAUUAUUAUUAUUAUUAGUGAGAAACCCGAGACAAACAGUCGAGAUGGUGUCUUAUAAGCGACUGAGCCCAGAGGAUGUCCAGUUCACCAACGCUGCUGCUUCAGAGGAGGCUCCUGUACGGGAGGAGGGGAAGGAUCCAGAGGAGACAGAGCGCCCCCUGCUGCCUCGGAGGCCCUCUUGUUCUGCCACCACGGCCCUCAUCUCCCUGGGCUCCCUGCUGCUCCUGGUCUGUGGCCUCUGGCUUCUGGUGACCAUCUUCUGGCUCCAAGCCCCCUCCAACAGCGUCCCCCACAGGGCCCCGUCGCCCAGGGGCUCCCCAGGGACGGGUGGGGGAGACGGGGGUAGAGCCCUACCAGAGCCCCAGGCUUGUGGAGUGGUCCCAGAGGCCUGGAGGUUUGACUGCUACCCAGAGAGAGGGGUGGUGGUGACCAGGGAGUUGUGUGAGACGAGGAACUGUUGCUUCAUCCCUGCCUCCUCCUUCUCCACUGCCCCGGGGAGGAACGGUGUUCCCUGGUGUUUCUACCCUCCUGGGUUCCCCUCCUACUCCCUGGUGUCUGUUAACGCCACAGACCUGGGUCAGACAGGAACUCUGGUGAAGACGGUGAAGACCUACUACCCUAAAGACAUUCUGACCUUACAGCUGGAGCUCCUCUAUGAGACCGAGCACAGGCUCCGAGUCAGGAUCACCGACCCAUCUGAGUCGCGGUUCGAGGUGCCAAUCGCCGUGCCCAAGGCCACAGAGAAGGCCUCUAGUCCCGCCUACUCUGUGGAGCUGUCCAAUGAGCCGUUUGGCAUCAUCGUUACGAGAACUUCCACAGGAGCUGUGCUCCUCAACACCACGGUAGCUCCUCUGUUCUACUGUGACCAGUUCCUCCAGCUGUCCAGCAGUCUGUCCAGUCAGUACAUCUAUGGGCUGGGAGAACACCGCUCCUCCUUCCUACACGACAUCCACUGGAACACCCUCACCAUGUGGGCUAGAGACGUGGCGCCCACGGAGCUGACUAACCUGUACGGGGUUCAUCCCUUCUACCUGGCGAUGGAUGAGGGAGGGACGGGGACAGCACAUGGAUUCUUCCUGCUCAACAGCAACGCGAUGGACGUGGCCCUCCAGCCGGGCCCUGCCAUCACCUGGCGCACCAUCGGUGGGAUCCUGGACUUCUACGUCUUUCUGGGUCCCGAUCCGGCCUCUGUGAUUGGACAGUAUUUGGAGGUCGUAGGUUACCCCGCCAUGCCUGUGUACUGGGCGCUGGGGUACCAUCUCUGUCGCUGGGGUUACGGAAGUAGCAAUGCCACCUGGGACGUCGUCAACAACAUGAGGAACUAUGGAAUACCUCAGGAUGUGCAGUGGAAUGAUAUAGACUACAUGGACCGUUCUCUAGACUUCACCUUUGACCCCACGGCCUUCUCGACCCUGCCUGACAUGGUGAAAGACCUGCACAGCCACGGACAGCGCUACGUCAUGAUGCUGGACCCGGGUAUCAGCAGUGUCCAGCCAGAAGGAGGGUACUGGCCGUAUGACGAAGGUCUGAGGAGAGGAGUCUUCAUCAACCACACAGAUGGAAGCACACUCAUCGGGAAGGUGUGGCCAGGUCUGACAGCGUUUCCUGAUUUCUCUGACGAUGUGACCCAUGAGUGGUGGUACGACAAUCUCAAGAGGUUCCACGACAAAGUUCCCUUCGACGGACUCUGGAUCGACAUGAACGAGCCAUCUAGCUUCGUGGACGGGUCGACCGUUGGCUGUCCUGACACCGAGCUGGAGAACCCUCCGUACACACCUGGUAUAUUAGGAGGGUUGUUGAGGGCUAAGACUCUGUGUGCCUCUGCUGUCCAGAAGACCUCGUCUCACUACAAUAUGCACAGCCUGUAUGGCCUUCUAGAAGCUAAGGCCUCGGCGCGUGCCCUGAAGCGUAUGUUAGGGAAGAGAGCGUUCGUGAUCUCUCGCUCCACCUUCCCCAGUCAAGGCCAAUACUCUGGACACUGGCUAGGAGACAACAGGAGUCACUGGAAGGACAUGUACACCUCGAUAGCAGGUAUGUUAACCUUUAACCUCCUGGGUGUUCCCCUGGUGGGGGCUGAUAUCUGUGGCUUCAGUGAGCAGACUGAGGAGGAGCUGUGUGUCCGCUGGACUCAGCUAGGAGCCUUCUACCCUUUCACACGCAACCACAACUCUAUCGACCAGAAGCCUCAGGACCCCCCAGCGUUCAGCCCUGAAGCCCGUUCAGCCAUGAAACAGUCUCUGCUGCUCCGCUCCUCCCUGUUCCCUCUGCUCUACACGCUGUUCCACCGCGCACACACACACGGACACACCGUCGCUCGGCCUCUGCUGUUCGAGUUCCCCAAGGACGUGAGAACGUAUGGGAUAGACAGACAGUUCUUAUGGGGGAAGAGUUUGAUGGUGACACCAGUAUUAGAUCCAGGUGUGGACUAUGUUGUGGGCUACUUCCCUCAGGGUCUCUGGUACGACUACUACACGGGUGAUUCUAUCCGUAGUAAAGGAGAAGAGUUGAGGCUCAAGGCUCCUCUAGAGCAUAUCAACCUUCACCUGAGAGAAGGAGCUGUCAUACCUACACAGCGUCCCAACACAACCCUGUUUGUGAGCAGUGGUCAGCCGCUCCACCUCGUGUCCAGUCUGUCUGAAGACGGCUCGGCUGGAGGAGAGCUGUUCUGGGACGACGGAGAGAGCAUCGACACCUUUGAGACAGACCAGUACGCUCACGUAGUGUUCACUGUGGUGAAGAACACGAUGACAUCGGAGGUGCUGCACGACCACGUGGAGGCUUCCUACAUCACCGUGGAAACAGCCUCCUUCUAUGGCGUGAAGGUGGAGCCUACCAGGGUUAUGGUCAACUCCCAUGAUGCUGCAUUCACCUACAGAGCCAAUCAGGUGUUGACUGUAACAGAUCUGGGAUUGAAUCUCAGCCAGAACUUCACCAUCAAUUGGAUCUAACAGCUUUUCCCCCAAAAAUGGGAAUUCCGACCUUUUGGAAUGUUGAUGGUUUUCCUUCCCUGACGGUCUCUACUGCUUUACUCCCCACGGCCGUGACCCAAAUGGCACCCUAUUCCCUAUAUAGUGUACUACCAGGGCUCAAAACACGCUCACUGUAGGACACACCAUAUGUUGCUCCGGGUGGAAUUGAAUCCUGACCUGAACCAUUAGAUACUAACCUAACCACAGAUCUAGGACCAGAUUACCCUCCUACAAUACUAACCUAACUACUGAUCUAGGACCAUAUUACCCUCCUACAAUCCUAACCUGAACCAUUAGAUACUAACCUAACUACUGAUCUAGGACCAGAUUACCCUCCUACAAUACUAACCUAACUACUGAUCUAGGACCAGAUUACCCUCCUACAAUCCUAACCUGAACCAUUAGAUACUAACCUAACCACAGAUCUAGGACCAGAUUACCCUCCUACAAUACUAACCUAACUACUGAUCUAGGACCAGAUUACCCUCCUACAAUACUAACCUAACUACUGAUCUAGGACCAGAUUACCCUCCUACAAUACUAACCUAACUACUGAUCUAGGACCAGAUUACCCUCCUACAAUCCUAACCUGAACCAUUAGAUACUAACCUAACCACAGAUCUAGGACCAGAUUACCCUCCUACAAUACUAACCUAACUACUGAUCUAGGACCAGAUUACCCUCCUACAAUACUAACCUAACUACUGAUCUAGGACCAGAUUACCCUCCUACAAUCCUAACCUGAACCAUUAGAUACUAACCUAACCACAGAUCUAGGACCAGAUUACCCUCCUACAAUCCUAACCUGAACCAUUAGAUACUAACCUAGGACCAGAUUACCCUCCUACAAUCCUAACCUGAACCAUUAGAUACUAACCUAACCACAGAUCUAGGACCAGAUUACCCUCCUACAAUCCUAACCUGAACCAUAAGAUACUAACCUACCCACUGAUCUAUGACCAGUGUCUAGGACUGGGUUCCCCAACUGGUUUUAUUUGACCCCAUCCCAGUUUUCUGAGCAUAUUUUUUUAUAUCAAGACAAGAUAUUUCAUUUUUAUUGUUAGACAUUUUUUAAAAACUGUAACACCAGUUAUUUUUAUUUUGUAAAUGUGUUCCCAGGUGUUCCCAGGCAUAGUAGAGAGACACGUGAUUAUAUACACAUGUAGGCAAGGUUUGAAAUGAUUGUGUUUUAGUCAAAUUAUUUUAUCUGUUUGUUUGGGCUUGUUGCAGUGAAAUUACAGUCUACAAAUGAUUUGUAAUUAUAUUCCGGACCCAACUAUCCGCUCACGAAAAAAUCGGCCUGUGGCUACUACUUCCUCCCUGUCUGAGGGGCUACUUCCUCCCUGUCUGAGUCUAGUUGAUGAUCCCUGGUCUAGGGGACUACUUCCUCCCUGUCUGAGGGGCUACUUCCUCCCUGUCUGAAUCUAGUUGAUGGUCCCUGGUCUAGGGGGCUACUACUUCCUCCCUGUCUGCUGUAACUGUGCCAAAAAUAGUCUGUCCCAAAUACCACCCUAUUCCCUAUAGUGUACUACUAAUGACCAGGGCCCUUGUGUAUAGGGUAUAGGGUGCCAUUUUGGACAGGUAUAGUCUCUGUGAAGCUUUAUAGUGGUGGUGAUAGUAUUUUUCCCCAUGUGACAGGUAGGCACAGCCUAGGCUCCAGUAAUAUAAAGACUGAAUAAGCGUCUGAUUUACCCAUCUCUAACUGGCUUUCAGGGUCACCUUGUUUUUUUAAUUGGAAAGAUGUUUAAUUUGUAUUGCGGCUGCAGAGUUUUAAAACCGCUUGUCACUCGAAUAUCGUUGCUUUAAAUCAACUAAAUAUUAUGAAAGGUAAGCCUGUUAAUUAUACGUAAGGCCCUAUUAUAUUACCAAAGUUAAAAUAAAAUCAGCUCGUCUCUAUACUAUAUAUAUAUAUACUAGCUGCAUGUCUCUUCCAGCGGUAUCAUGGUUUGAACAAUGUGAGUAAUUCCAGUCCAUAUAAUAUACAGUAUAAUCAUACAGUAUAAUACACAGUAUAAUACACAGUACAAUACAGUACAGUCGUACAGUUCACACUCAACAAGCCUCCUGGAGCGAGUUUCAUUUAUUUACCCAACAGAGGAUAUAGCUAGCUACAUCUAUGGGCUUUUCUGUUUUUCUGUCGUGCAGUAGCCUAUAUCAUAUAUGUAUUGGAUAACGGCACAAUAUUUUGGACUUUUUUGGGGCUUGGGCUCAUUAAAUGUCUUUAAUGUAGGGCUCAUUAAAUGUCUUUAAUGUAGGGCUCAUUAAAUGUCUUUAAUGUAGGGCUCAUGAAAUGUCUUUAAUGUAGGGCUCAUGAAAUGUCUUUAAUGUAGGGCUCAUGAAAUGUCUAAUGUAGGGCUCAUUAAAUGUCUUUAAUGUAGGGCUCAUUAAAUGUCUUUAAUGUAGGGCUCAUUAAAUGUCUAAUGUAGGGCUCAUUAAAUGUCUAAUGUAGGGCUCAUUAAAUGUCUAAUGUAGGGCUCAUUAAAUGUCUUUAAUGUAGGGCUCAUUAAAUGUCUAAUGUAGGGCUCAUUAAAUGUCUUUAAUGUAGGGCUCAUUAAAUGUCUUUAAUGUAGGGCUCAUUAAAUGUCUUUAAUGUAGGGCUCAUCAGGCUUGAAUGUUUUAAUCAAAGCUCUGUUUUUAUGCUCUAUAAUGCUUUUGAAUGACCGUUCCAGUUUGGACUGGAAAUACCGGUUUAGUCGGUAGGAAAGUGAUUUAUUCUCAGGAUGGAACAUUUUGUAAAAUACUGUGAAAAUAUUCAACCGUGAGCCAGAUGCCAGCAUUAGUUUGAAAGGCCUCCUGUGUAUUUUACUGGUUAGAUAGUAAAAUAUGAAGUCUAGUCGUUCUGCCACUGGUCAUUAUUACAGUCAAGAGACAACUUUUAUUUUGCUGUUUUCAUUUCUCAGAGGAAAGGUGAAGAUGUGCAAUUAAAAGGAGAGGAACUUUUCUUUCCCUCAGAACAAGA